AUGGACGCCGAGCUCUUCCGCCCUGAGAGAUGGAAUGAAGACAUGCCUUUAAACCAUAACUCUACCAAUGCUAAAUGGGGCUACCUUACCUUCAAAGGUGGACCCUGGAUAUGUCUAGGAAUGGACUUUGCCAUGACCGAGGCUGCCUAUACAAUUGUGCGACUAGUUCAGAGAUUUCCGGUCAUCAAGCUGCCUUCGAAUGAGGUAAUCGAGCCUACUGGAGUGGAAAAACAAACAAUGACCCUCGUGAUGUCCAUCACUGAAGGUUACAAGGUAGAACUGCGGUGCUAG